AUGUACGGUAACGUCAGCGAGGAGGCUGCGGCUGAUGACAGACCGUUGCAGGAGCACAUUGUUGUUCUCGUGGUCCUUUACGUGUUCGUCUCCAUCGUCGGCAUCAUCGGCAAUGUCAGUUUAAUGGCGGCUUUGGCGUCCGGUGGCGCUUCGCGGCUACGCACCCCGCAACUCCUCAGCGCGUGCGCAGCCGACCUCUUGGUGUGUGCUGCUAGCGCCCCACUAGCCGCCACCCGUGCUGCCAGCCUCCACCAUCUUCCCUGCCACGUAACUAAUUACAUAGAAUCAGUUCCUGUGGCUGCGAGCACGCUGUCGAUCGUCGCCAUGGCAACGGACCGCUGCGGCGCGGUUCUGCGCGGACGAGAGAACACAAUGUGUGCGCGCCCUUACGUAGCAGUCGCAGGCGUUUGGGUCGCUGCCUUUAUACUGGGUGCGGUCAUCAUGAUAGCCACGUGUGUGUCCUGCCCGCCGCUGGCGGCGGCGCACGCCGUCGUCACCUACUGCGUGCCGGCCAUAGCUGUGACCAGGUGCCACUGGGCCGUCCGCGUCAAGCUCACCGCUCUCUCGCUGACCGCGAGAGCCGCCCACGGGGAGCUGCCGCUACCGGUGCCGCUCAUCAGGCGGCCGACGCACGUGAUCAUCGUCGCUGGAGUCGGCGCAUGCGAGCGCCGCGACGCGGUCGACGUCGGCGACGCGAGAGGGAAGAAGCUGCAGCCGAGCCUGCUGGGGCCGCAGCCGCAGACGUCCACGCUGCGCUCGCGCCGCCGCCUCGGCAACGUGCUCAUCGCGAUCGGCGCGACAUUCGCCGCGUGCUGGUGCCCCCACGCGGCGAUCGUGGUGGCGGGCGCGUUUGGCGCGCACGCGCCGGCGGCGCUCGCCCAGUACGCGCUGCUGCUCGGCCACGCACACUCCGCGUGGAACGCCGCCGCCUAUUGGGUGCUCAACAGGCACGCCCUGACCGCCGCCUGCGUCGCCUGGCGCAUACCGCAGCUGCGGGUCCGCGAGGAAAGGCCCUCGUCCACCAACGAGGCCGCCCUCGGGGCGUUUCACCCGCGGCUCGCGCGCCCCGCCCCCUCCCCGCGCCCGCCCCCCUCCAGCUUUUUGUAU